AAAAGAAAGGCGGACGUUAGCGGAAGCUGCAACGGCACAAAGACAAAAAAGGCGCGGACGUUAGCGAAAGCUGCAACGGCACAGAGACAAAAAAGGCGAAGUUGUCGACUGUAAAAACUUUCAAAAAUGUUGAAAGAGUUGGUGAAGGAGCGACUAAUGGCGGCAGCGGAUGAAAUAUUCGCGCUGUUCGAAAUAACAAUCGCGUCCUACGAGGAGGAACUUUCUCGAACAAGAGAGAAGGAGCGACAUGGACAACAACUGGAAGCUGUUAGCAGGUCUCCAUUUGAAGAUGUCCAGCGGCUGAUUGGUCGUCAGGAAGAACGUCCCCCUCAGCUGCACAUGGGGAGUUACGCUUUGAAUCAGGAGGAUCCACAGCACCCUCGCAUUAAACAGGAAGAGGCGGAGCUCGGGAUCACACAGGAUAUAGAACGUCUUCCAGGGCCCAUGGAUGCUGAUGCCACCGAAUUGCCCCCGACAGUCAUCUCUGUGAAGAUUAAAGACGGUGAAGGUGAACCACAAGCAGACACCCUCAUAGCUCCGCUAUCCGAUAGUGACGACAUGUCACACUUUCCUGAGAAUGAAGGCAGGAACGACGCCCAAAGACCUUCGAGCAGUGAUGCGAACUGUGAAGGCGAUAUCGGGACUCGCACCGGCAACGAUGAACCUGAGUGCUCCAACAAGAAGACAGUUACAGGACGUUUUACCUGCUCGGUUUGUGCUAAAAGUUAUUCUAAAGCGGGCGGUUUGACUCGACACAUGUGGACGCACACAGGAGGAAACCCCGUUUGUGGUGAACAAUUUGCUGGAAACGUAUCGUUGAGCGCGCACAUGGAAACCCACGCGGGUGAAAAACGUUUCAGCUGCUCAAUUUGUGGCGAUAGAUUCGUGCAGAGUUCCUCUUUGAAAGCACACUUGAGAACACACGCGGGACUCAAACCUUUUGCUUGUUCAAUUUGUGGCGACAGGUUUUCUAAAAAAGCCAGUUUGAAAGGACACAUCAGAACACACACGGGAGAAAAACCUUUUUGUUGCAUAUUUUGCGGUAGGAGGUUUUCCAGUAGGGGUAAUAUGAACGUGCACAUGAGGACACACACAGGGGAGAAACCUUUCUGUUGUUUAAUAUGCGGUAAAAUCUAUUCUCAUAACAAAAAUUUGAAAGCACACAUGUUGAGACACAAUUGAGAAGAAAUACUCUCCUGUCUAGUUUGUGUUGACGUAAUUACCUCAGAAAGGUUGAUUGGUUGAGGACAACAUGGAUGAUCGAGUUAAAGUUAAAGUUCCACUGAUAGUCACACACAAAAUACUCUCCUGUCUAGUUUGUGUUGACGUUCUUACCUCAGAAAGGCUGAUUGGUUGACAACAUUGAUGAUCGAGUUAAAGUUAAAGUUCCACUGAUAGUCACACACAAAAUACUCUCCUGUCUAGUUUGUGUUGACGUAAUUACCUCAGAAAGGUUGAUUGGUUGAGGACAACAUGGAUGAUCGAGUUAAAGUUAAAGUUCCACUGAUAGUCACACACAAAAUACUCUCCUGUCUAGUUUGUGUUGACGUAAUUACCUCAGAAAGGUUGAUUGGUUGAGGACAACUUGGAUGAUCGAGUUAAAGUUCAAGUUCCACUGAUAGUCACACACACAUUACUCUCCUGUCUAGUUUGUGUUGACGUAAUUACCUCAGAAAGGUUGAUUGGUUGAGGACAACUUGGAUGAUCGAGUUAAAGUUCAAGUUCCACUGAUAGUCACACACACAUUACUCUCCUGUCUAGUUUGUGUUGACGUUCUUACCUCAGAAAGGCUGAUUGGUUGAGGACAACAUGGAUGAUCGAGUUAAAGUUCAAGUUCCACUGAUAGUCACACACACACUAGGUGUGGUGAAAUUAUCCUCUGCAUUUGACCCAUCCCCUUGUCCCCCCACCCCAAAUAAACAGAGGUGACAUUAACAUAUAUUUUUCUUUAAUCACAGUAGUAUGAAUGUAUAAUUAAAUAUGUCUGCCUGUAUUAUGGCUCAAUUACAAGAAAAUGAGACAAGAGUGUCGAAAUUGGACUGAUGAAAUUUGUC